CUGCGUACAGAAUGCAGAACUUUGAUUCCGUAAUGUCGAUGACGGCGACACAACAGCAGCCGGCAGAACAGGCGCAUCAACAGCAGCAGCAGACGGUAACGCCGAAUGGUGGUUGGUUUGAUUUAACGAUCAAAUCGGAACCUCUAGACUACCACCCUUCGCACCAUCUUCCGCUACAGCAUCAUCAGCUUCAUCAUCAUCAUCAUCAGCAUCAUCAACACCUUCACCAGCAGCAGGCACAACAAGACACAACGCUCCUCUCGAGUGAUGCCCACUCGAACCCAACGUCACCUCAGAGCGUUGAUAGUAUGGAUUCGCUCAGUGGAAAGAGUGGCUUCUUCGAGGGGAAAGGAACGGCAAGCCUGAUGGGUGGUGGAUACAACCCACUCGGCUUCAAUCCCCUAACACCUCCGGGAUAUUCAGGACUGCUGAUCCCACCGCCACCAACACAACAUCAGCUACCUGCACAACAGCAGCAGCAACAGCAGCAGCGUCUGGCCACACCGAACCGCAUGUACGGUAAUGGCACUGGAAAGGUCGAUCUUGCCUCACUGACACCAACUCACACCCCACCGAUGGACGUAACGCCACCGAAAUCUCCCAAGGAACCGCUCGAGACGCCCACCAAGGAAGAAGAACCGGGCUCCGAUUGUGAGGAUGGAUCGUACGAUGGUAGUGAAGAUGAGGAAGGCAUCCGCAAACCGAAAGUAAACUCCCACGGGCAGGUGAAGAAGUUCCGCUGCAAGCAGUGUGACUUUAUUGCUGUAACAAAGCUCAGCUUCUGGGAGCAUACCCGUUCGCACAUUAAGCCGGAGAAAAUGCUCACCUGCCCGAAGUGUCCGUUCGUGACGGAGUACAAACAUCAUCUGGAGUAUCAUCUGCGGAACCAUCAGCGCUCGAAACCAUUCCAGUGUCCGAAGUGUAGUUACAGCUGUGUGAAUAAAUCCAUGUUAAACUCGCACAUGAAAUCACACUCGAAUGUGUUCCAGUACCGGUGUGCAGAUUGUAACUACGCCACCAAGUACUGUCAUUCGCUUAAGCUUCAUCUGCGGAAGUACGCGCACAAGCCGGACGUGGUGCUGAAUCUGGACGGUACACCAAACCCACUGCCCAUCAUCGAUGUGUACGGCACGAGACGUGGUCCAAAGGCGAAGCCUCAGAAGAACGCUGAGAAGCUGCUGCUGAAACAAGAGCAGCUUCAACAGCAACACGCUCAACAGCAACAGUCAAUCAAGCAGCAAGAAUCGUCCAACAGCACUGGAAACGCUGCGGAUCAGUCAGCGCCACUAACUCCACUAAGCCAGCAGGGCAUGGCAACCGCUCCGACGACUCCUUUCACACCGCCAGGAAGUGGCCAAACGAAUGGACUGAUGCGGAACCUCUUCCCACACCAACUAUUCCCGAACCCUCUGGCGCACAUGUUCAAGAAUGCGGCCGCCAACGGCAACUUGCCACUGUUCCCGUACCUCAACCUUAACUUCCAGAUGUUCGCCGACCAGCAGGCCGGUCUGAAUCAACUGUCCCCGCGAAGCUUCCAGCAAAACUUGAUGAAUCAGCUUACUGGGGAGAAACUGAACGGUAGUGCCAGUAGUGGAUCGGACCACGAUAAUGACCUCUCGGUGAAGACUACCUCCAGUGGGGGUUCUCUCGGGGAGGAACUAAUAAAGCAGAUCACUGCCGCAGCUGCCGAUAGCUCUGCCUCUGCAGCGGGUAGAAACACACUCGCGCUAGACGACAGUGAAACGGAAACAGCUUCAUCAGCCCUUCUUCAACCAUCGGCAUUCGAUGAAUUCCAACCGUCCGUAUCUUCGAACCCACGUACACCUUCGACGACGGGUAAAGGUGAACGGAGUCGCCGAAAGGGUCGUGCCUUUAAGCUGGAGCGUCUUAGCGAACCGGCCACAUCGUCUGCCGCUUCGACCGAUAUGGACACACAGUUCGAUGAGGAACCGGCGACAGUGACACCGGCCGCCGUAGUUUCGCGUGACUCACCCGCAACACCCAAGGAACGUUCGCUCGAGUGUAAGUACUGCGACAUUGCGUUCCGGGACGAUGUGCUGUACACGAUCCACAUGGGUUACCAUGGUUACGACGAUGUGUUCAAGUGUAAUAUGUGUGGCGAGAAGAGCGAGGAUCGGAUCGGUUUCUUCCUGCACAUUGCCCGUAAGGCUCACUGAUGUUUUGUACA